UCUCUCUCCUGGCGUGGAAUUGGAAAGGGCGCUGAAAGGUUUGUUGCUCCUCCUCUGGUUCUUCGUCGUUGCAAUUUCAAACAUCGAUUCAUCAGUUUGCAAAGGUUCUCUUUACUCUGUAAAUGCAUAAGCCUUGGUUUUCCAAGCUCAUAUUGACGAUCACUGAUCAGCCCUCCGACAACCGGUCAGCCUUCUCUUUGUCUCUUGCUAGCUCACUCUGUAUGAAAGAAAAAAAAAGUUUGCUUCGUUUUCCUUUUCUCAAAUUUUGUUUGAUUCAAAGAGUUUGGUUCUUGUGGGCCUUGAGCUGAAGAAAGUUUAAAACUUUUCAAGUUUUGGAGCUCAACCCACGAGAAAUCAGACCCCAUGAGGCUGUUAGAAAGCUCCAAAUUCAGCCUCUUCAAAUUCAAAGCUUGCUUAUUAAGCUCACAAGUGACCCCGUUUGGCCCCUUCAAUUCAUUUGUGCAAAAGAGGUGGAGAAAGCCUAUAAUUUCCGCCCAAACACGCUUAGAAGAUCGAACCAGGGACUCAAACCUAGACAAGCUCACAACCCACCUCAAGAAACUCGAUAUCAUCUUAAAACUCCAUGUCCUCAUGUCCAGUCGGAAGCGCGGACCAUUUGUGUCCUUACAGCUAAUGUCCCGAUGGAGGAACCUCGUGGGGCUUAAUGUCGGCAUUGGCGCCUUUGUUCACAAAUACCCACAUGUUUUUGAGGUGUUUACACAUCCGGUACGGCGCAAUUUGUGUUGUAGGAUAAGCAAGAAAAUGAUGGGUUUAAUAGAGGAAGAAGCAGAUGCUAUGAAACAAUUGGAGCUGGAAGUUGUCCGUCGGGUAAAGAAGUUAUUGAUGAUGUCUGUGAGUGGCACUCUUCAUCUCCAUGCUUUGAGGUUGGUUAGGAGAGAAUUGGGGUUGCCUGUGGAUUUCAGGGAAUCCAUUCUUGGUAAAUAUUCGAAGGAUUUUAAGUUGGUUGAUUUAGAGGUUGUAGAAUUGAUUAGUAGAGAUGAAAAUUUGGACGUGGCUGAAAUUGAGAAAUGGAGAGAGAAGGAAUUUAGAGAGAAGUGGUUGAGUGAGUUCGAGACAAAGUAUGCAUUCCCGAUCAAUUUCCCAACGGGGUUUGAAAUCCAGGCUGGGUUUAGAGAUAAGUUGAAGAAUUGGCAAAGACUUCCUUAUGUGAAGCCUUAUGACAGGAAAGAGUCUGUCCGCAUUCGUACUUGUGGAGGGAUUGAGAGGUAUGAGAAACGGGCGGUUGGUAUUCUUCAUGAGUUCUUGAGUUUGACAACAGAGAAGAUGGUUGAGGUUGAAAGGUUAGCUCAUUUUCGGAGGGAUUUCGCUAUGGAUGUUAAUGUGCGUGAGCUUAUCUUGAAGCACCCUGGAAUUUUUUACAUAUCAACCAGACGUAAUAGUUUAACUGUUUUUCUUAGAGAGGCAUAUAGUAAAGGGUGCCUCAUUCAGUCUAAUCAGAUAUAUGAUGUUCGGAGGAAAAUGUUGGACCUUGUUUUCCUAGGGAGUCGAAAUACUAGAGAAAUGCCAGCUCAAAAGGAAAUCAAGGAGUUCAAAGUAGAUGGGGAUGGUAUAAUGGAUGGAGACUGGGUUAUCCCAAUGUUAGAGAACUUGGAGAAUGGAAGUUGAAAUUGGUAAUUCAAGGUUUCAGGAAUACAGUCAGAUUUAGGGAUGGAAUUAUGGAUGGAGACUGGGUUAUCCUUGUAUGAAACAUGUUUCAUCUCUUAAAUAACUUGAGUUGAGCCCUUCAGUCAAGAAUGUGUGCCCUAACCACAAUGCGGUAAUUUGUAGUUCCCAAUUAAGAUAUCCCUUUUAAUAUCGUUAACAUGUAUGAUUUUGUGGUUGGAAAAAGGAUCUCUUACUUGAUCUGUGAAAUUUUACUCUGUAGUUUACGAGGCUGCAUCAUUGCAGCCUUCUGUUUGUUUUUAUACAAAAUCAUUUAGUAUGUGUUUGAAAAUAGAUCAUGCUUGUCUAUGUUUAUAACCCGUGAUUUUACUCAUUAACUAUUGACCCAAGCAUUCACAGGCUUAAUUCUGUUCUAAUAAUAGCUAGCUAGUCAGUGAUAUCACUUUUGUAGGAUUAUUUAUGCCAUAUUAAUUAUCCAUCUCAUAAUUCAUCUAGUGCUGAAACCGGGAUUAUGUUAGAACAUGAAAAUCUCUGAGCUAGUCUCAACUCUAAGAAAGUCUUGAAAACUUGCACAUGCCAUAUUACCUUUUAUUUGUUUCAUGGGGUUUCAUAUCUCCUAGCUGAUUUAUGUUGUUGGUCCAAACUAAAGAUGGAGAGUGAGAAAAAGAGGCUAGGAGUUCAUUUAAUGGCGGAUUUGAGAGGGGUUAUCAAUUAAUUUAGGAACCUUCUGUGGUGGUACACAAUUGCUUCUGCUUAAUAGUGUCUUUAAAAUACCUGUAGAUCAGAACAAGGAAGAAACUUCUUCAAUAAGAUUUGUAGAAAUAAUAACAUUUCCAUGUAGGCACAUGCAAUCCCAUGCUCCAACUAUAUUUUUUCAUAAAGUUGCAGUCGCCAAUUAUGACCUGAUUCCUCUUCUGUUCUUUGUUUGUAAUUCUAAUGGCAGAAUUGGGUAGUUUUUAGAAAACUUAUUAUUCCUGGUUCCGAAAAAUAAAAUAAGGAAAUUAAAGACUUUAUGCUGGAGUAAUCAACCAGUUCCCUAGUAUCUCUCUUAUUUGGUGGUUGUCAAAGUAAAUUGGAAUGUAGAGCACAUGGAGGACUCAUUCUCCAGAUGAGUUUAGUUGUUUUCGUUUCAACAUUAAGCAAUUAACAUGUCCGUCUAGCUAAAUCAGUUGGAAAGACAAAUUCUCAGAUAUCGUAUUCAAGGGAACUCCUAGGUUGGAAAGAGAUCAUACAAGAGUUCCAAGAUGUUCUGGUUGAUGCUUUUUAUGUUGGUAUUGCAGACUCUAUGUAAUUCAUGUCUUCAUGUAUAAAUUUUAUCAUUAUUCUAAGGGCCUCAUAUAUGCCAAAAAUGAUUUAUUUCCUUGUAAUGUACAUCCAAAAUGGUAUGUAAGGAGUAUAGGAGAUAACAGCAACUACUUCUUGUGUUCUAGGAAUACGACUUGGACAUUUCCCAGUAUCUUGUUGGGGCAUAACUCUAUUUUUCUAUGCUCUAAGAACAACAUGACAAGGCUAGUUUCUGGAGGACUGGAUAUGAGUUACACAAGAAAUCUGCUUGUCUUAAAAUAUAUGGGUCUAUAACAUUUUGGAGCACUCUAUAGCUUUUUCCAAUUUGAUAUUCUUUUACAACCAAAAGCACCACAGAUUCAGUGGCUCAUUCGGGUCAUUAGUCUUCAGGACCUCUCAUUGAAUUGCUUCAACUCAAACAUUUGAUUAGUGAGCAAUAUGUGUUGGCGAUAUUAAUUAAGCGAGAGGAGAAUUGGAUUGGUUCUUAAAGUGGAGAACAUGGAUUGGUUCUUCAAAUGUAAAAAAACUCAAUUGUAUGAUUCAAAUGACAAUCAGAUGCUUUGCAAUCUAACUCUUUCCACCUUAAUCUGUAUUUUUAUAACUCCAUUACCCUCUAUAUAUUUAAACAGGGUACUAAUUAUGUUCGCUCAUGCAUUAGCAGGCCAUCACACGUUUGACUUUCUAAAGGUCCUCCAGAUUUCUAGCUUCUCCUGGAAUUUUGUAAAGGGAGUUGGGCCUGCAGAUGACCUCGGAAUGGCGAAGGAAGAAAACAUCACAAUCUGGAGACAAUUUGCUGUUUGCUUUGUAAAUUAACCAGUUCCUUCCUUAAGAUUUUACUUGCAGGUGACCUCGGAAUGGCAGAGAUAAACCCAACUCUUCUUACUUUUUUGUAGGGGGCCACCUGAAAUUUCCGAAUAGAAAAGUUAAAAAACAGUGUUUCUUAGACUGAUGGCUACAGAAAAAAGAGGCAAAAUUACAAGGAGUGACCUGGCCGGCAACAAAUUGAAUGACUUGGUCUUCAGUGAGUCCAUCUGGACUAGCUGCUCUCACCACAUAUGCCAUUGGUAUUUGUCCUGCUUCUUCAUCUUCAACCCUGCAGUUUGUUUUUUGUAUUAUGGAAAGAAACAGAUAUAGAUAGAAAUAGAGAGUGACAGGGAGAGAGAGCUAAGUGGCGCACGGUAUAACGGCUGCAUCAAGAAUUUGAGGAUGACUCAAAAGUAUUGCCUCCAAUUCUGCUGGAGCAACCUGCACAAUGAUUCAAACAGUUUAAUUUGGAGCUUGUGUCUGGUUCUUGACAUUUGGAAAACUACUAGAGAGAUCACAUUUUGGCCAUACUUGCUGACCACUUGAUGAGGCAGUGAAUAAACAUCAAUUGUUACACAUGCGGUAGCUAAUCCGGUCUCAAAAUGUGAUCAUCUAACAUUAUUGUUUGAUUAAUUAUACAAACAUCAGUCGUAAUGUGAAAUAUUGGUUCAAGUA